UGAUGAUGAUGAUCUAGUCUUGUGUUUGUCUGACCCAACCCACUAGUGCUUCCAGAGCUCCUAUAAAAAGCCUCGUCUCUUCUGUCUCUCCCUGCCAAAAAUCUCUGGUGAAGGCCUAAUAUGAACAUCCUGCUCAUCACGUUGCUGGCGUGCCUUGUUGUGGCACUGCCCUCAGCCAGUGCUCAAAAAGUCAAAUGGUGUGUGAAGUCACAGAAUGAAAUGAAAAAAUGCCAACACCUUGAAACCAAAUCAUCAGAGCUUGAGUGUCAUCUCAAAUCUUCUGUAACUGAGUGCAUGACAAGCAUCAAGACUGGUGAUGCAGAUGCUAUAACUGUAGAUGGAGAACAUGUUUAUCUAGCUGGACUCAUAAAUUAUGACCUCCAUCCUAUCAUUGCAGAGAACAAUAAAGCUGUAUGCUCUUAUGCUGUGGCUGUGGUCAAGAGUGACACAGACUUCAGCAUCAAUGAUCUCAAAGGAAAGACUUCAUGCCACAGUUGUUAUCAAAGCCCUGGAGGCUGGAAUAUACCCAUUGGAAGACUGGUUGCACAAAAUAAGCUUCCCUGGGAUGGUCCUGAUGACAUGCCUCUUGAGAAGGCUGUGUCACAAUUCUUUUUAAGCAGUUGCAUUCCUGGAAUAUCGAAAGCCCUCUACACACAUUUGUGUCAAGCUUGCCAGGGUGACUGCAGCUGCUCACAAAAUGAAAAGUACUCUGGUGAUGAAGGAGCCCUCCAGUGCUUGAAAAGUGGUCAUGGACAAGUUGCCUUUAUGUGUCACGAUGCAGUCCCAUCGAGUGAGAGGCAGAACUAUCAGCUGUUGUGCAUGGAUGGCAGCAGGAAAAGCGUUGAGGAGUACAAGGACUGCUACCUCGCCAAAGAGCCUCACCAUGCUGUCAUCACCCGCAAGGAUGCUGAUUCACAGCAUAUUUAUAAAGUCCUUAAACAGAUUCUGGCUUCAGAUCUUUUCUCUUCUGCUGCUUUUGGGGGUAAAGACCUGAUGUUCUCAGAUGCUACAACUGAACUGAUUGAGCUCCCCAAAAGCAUGGACUCCUUCCUCUACCAGAGAGAAGAUUAUUAUGAGGCCAUGCGUGCCCUUAAAGCUGGGAACCCACCAGCUCCACGUCAAGACGGUAAAAUUGAAUGGUGUACCAUUAGCCAUGCAGAGCAACAGAAGUGUGACAAUUUACAGAUUCCUAGUAUGGAGUGCCGAAGGGCAUCAUCUGUGGAAGAGUGCAUCAAGAAAAUCAUGCGCAAGGAAGCAGAUGCCCUUGCAGUUGAUGGUGGCGAGGUGUAUAUUGCUGGAAAGUGCGGCCUAGUUCCAGUCAUGGUUGAGCAGAGUAAUCAACAAAGCUGUAAUGAUGGUGGAGAGGCCUCAAGUUACUUUGUCGUGGCCGUGGUGCGUAAGGGCUCGGGUGUAACCUGGAAUACCCUGAAAGGGAGGAAGUCCUGCCACACGGGCCUGAACCGCAAUGCUGGUUGGAAAGUCCCAGAUUCAGCCAUAUGCGGCAAAACUCCUGACUGUACCCUAUACAAUUUCUUCAGUAAAGGCUGCGCUCCUGGUGCUGAUCCUCAGUCAAACAUGUGUGAACUGUGUAAAGGCAGUGGGAAGGUGGUGGGAGAUGAAAGCAAGUGCAAAGCCUCUUCUGGAGAAAUAUAUUAUGGCUAUGAUGGGGCUUUCAGGUACUGGACCAUAUCCCACACAGUAUUAGGUAAAGGACCAGACUGGGCUAAGGAUCUGAAGUCAGAAGAUUUUGAACUGAUCUGUCCAGAAUCACCAGACACAACAGUAAAACACACUGAAUUUGGUAAAUGUAACCUUGCCAAAGUGCCAGCUCAUGCUGUGAUCACCCGGGAAGAUGCACGCAAAGAUGUGGUAAACAUUCUGAAGCAGGCUCAACUUAAUUCAGACAAGCUGUUCAAGUCAGAGGGUGAAAGAAACCUCCUUUUCUCUGAUACCACUAAAUGCCUUCAAGAGACUACUCAAACUUUAAAGGAAUUCCUGACAAAAAACUACAUUGACAUGAUUGAAAGGACCUACGAGACUGGCCAGGGUGAACCAGAUCUGGUCAAGGCAUGCAAAAUGUGAAAAUUUGUUGGUGUUAGUCGAGUUCCUAAAAGAAAUACACACCAAAUUCAGGCCAUAUGAGCUUUGUCUGGCAUGUUUCCCCCAAAUAAGAAUCUACGUUUCUGAAUCACUCUAUUUCUCCUGAUAAGUUACCAGCAUGAGGAAAACAUGGUGUUCAUGUUAUGCAACAUAUCUUAAUAUCAAAUCCAAAUCUUAUGAUGAUCAAACUGUUCACACUCAGGAACAGUGACAAUGUGAUCAAGUUUCUGUUUUAUUACCACAGGGGUUGAAAUAAAAAAACAGUUUUCUUCUCAAAA